UUCUCACUUACUCCUAUGUUUUUCCAUUUUUAUCAUUGUUCAUAAAUUACAUUCCUCCCUUUUUUUUUUAGUGUUAAGAGUACUUGCAACUGUUUAAUUUUCAUGUUCAUUUUCUGUUUAUUGUGACAUUUUUAGCAUUUUUAGUAUAUUUCACUCAAAUUCUUCAUCUGUUCGUAUAGAUCUAUAUUGUGUUGGUAAUAAAUUAUAUAAUUAUUUGUUGAGUGUUCAGUUUACUUGCAAAUUUGCAAUGCUAGUUGUAAUUAUGCCUUUAAUUUGCUGAAUACUGUACUCUUUCUUUGAUAAUUUUUAGUUAACUUGUUAAGAUUCAAAUUUGCAUUAGCCUUUCAAAUUCUUGUUUUAGGUGCUUAUUUCUUAAUUUGCCUUUUUUGAUUUUUCGAAUUCUUGUUUCAGGUGCUCAAUUUUUUUUUUUUAUUUUUUUUUUUUAAAUUUUUAAUUUUAAUUUAUUAUUAUCUAUAUUCAUAUAUUUUUGUGAGUCUAGUUUGAUAAAUUUCAUUGUUAAAAGUAUUCCUAUACGAAGUAAGUAGGAUUGCCUUUUGAACUUAUUUAUGUUAUUGUGCUAUGCAACUCACUGAAUUUUGUUUGUUAUGCAUUUAGCUAUUACUCCGUAAUGAUUAUUUUUUAAAUUUAUUGGAUUUGUAUCCUUAUGUUGCCAUCAUCAUGACAUUGAUUUUGCAUUUCUUGUGAUAUUGGAAAUAAUCUAAUUAACAAUCACUAUAAUUGUCAUCUUUGUGUUGUUUAGACCAGUUCGACUUUAUGUAAUUAACCUACUACAGUAGUGUAAUCGAGCAAUGGUUUUGGGUACAAGGAACAAGUAUAGGACGGGUCCUAGUAUUCAGGUUGAUUAUGUGAUUCAUAUCCAAGAUAUUAAGCCUUGGCCUCCAACACAAUCACUAAAAACUGUCCGUUCUGUCUUGAUACAAUGGGAAAACGGUGAUCGCAAUUCUGGGUCUACUAGCUCUGUGGUUCCUUCAAUCGAGGAUGGAAAGAUUUUAAUCAACGAAUCGUUUAGAGUUCCUGUCACUUUGUCAAGAGAUUUAUCGGUUAAAAGUGGUGAUGUAGAUAUGUUUCACAAGAACUUGUUAGAAUUCAACUUGUAUGAACCUCGCAGGGAUAAGACGGUAAAAGGACAGUUGCUUGGUACUGCAAUUGUGGACUUGGCAGACUAUGGUGUUAUUAAAGAGGUAAUGAGCUUAAGUGUUCCCAUAAAUUGUACCCGGAGCUUCAGGAACACAGCACAACCAAUUUUACACUUUAGAAUCCAGGCAUAUGAUAAGGUUCGCUCAGGUGUAUCCUUGAGAGGUAGAUUAGCCAAAGAAACAUCACUUGAUAAGGAUGAAGGGGACUCAAUCUCGGCACUAAUUAGUGAGGAGUAUGCUGAUGAAGCUGAGGUUGCUUCCUUUACUGAUGAUGAUAUUUCGUCACACUCUUCACUUACUGCUUUAUCUGCUCUUGAAUCAAAUGGAGCUUUACCUUCACAAAAUGAGACUGGCUCGAAGAGGGGAGAAUCCCAUACAGACACCUCUGAAUUGGACUCAGAGUUGAACUUGGAAAAGUUAUCUUCUGCAUCACACCAAGUGCAUGAAACCAGUAAAAAGUUUGCAGUAGAGGUUGAUGGUCUUAAAGGUCAAACUCUUGCUAUCUCAACAACAAAUAAAUCUCCACCUAUAUCUACUGCUAAAGGAAUUCCAGUUGAAGUACCUGCGAAGCUCAAGUCUGAACAUGAUUAUCAAAUACAAGCCACUAGAGAAAGUGUGCAAAAUUCGAAGAUUCCAGAAAGAAAAUUUUGUAUUGAGGUUGUGCCUACAGUUGAUUUUGAUGGUGUGGAGGUCAAAGAUAGAGACAAGAACGAGAAAAAUGAUCAGGCAGGGGGAAUGCUGGAAGUGGAAAAACAUAUAUUAGGAGAUGCAUCAUACAAUAAGCUCUCACUGGAUGCAACUAAAAAACAAGUCUUGUCUGGAAGUGAGUCACUUCUCGUUAGGGAUAGAGUUAGGCAUGUGAGAUCUGUUAGAUCCUCAACGGAAUCUUCUAGAGGCAGCGGCCCCACAGGAGGCUUUUCUGGAAAUAUUCUGAGACAGGAAUCCAAUCCAGCUGAAAAAGUAUGUACCUCUUCUGAUAGUAAACUCCAGGGACUGGGACAAAGGAUAGAAAUACUGGAGAGAGAGUUGAGAGAAGCUGCUGCGCUUGAGGUUUCUCUUUAUUCAGUGGUUGCUGAGCAUGGAAGUUCCAUUAAUAAGGUUCAUGCGCCAGCAAGGCGCCUUUCUAGACUGUAUAUUCAAGCUGGUACAGGAAUCAAGAGAGCCAGUGCAGCCCAAACUGCAGUUUCAGGAUUAAUUGUUGUGGCAAAAGCUUGUGGAAAUGAUGUUCCAAGGUUGACCUUCUGGCUGUCAAAUUGUGUUGUUUUCCGAGCGAUUCUCACCGAGGCCUUUUCAGAAGAACAACUUCCAGUAUCUGCCAGCUCUUUAGCUGAUAUCAGAGUUAAAAAGGGAAUAGAUCAGAAAUCAACAGUACUAAAGUGGAAGGUUUCUUCUUCUGACAAGCAAGCUAACAAGUUUGAUGUAUAUGGAAGUUCCCAAGAUUGGGUUGAUCCACAUGUAUUCAUGUCCGCAUUAGAAAAAGUUGAAUCUUGGAUCUUUUCACGAGUUGUAGAAUCUGUUUGGUGGCAGACUUUGACUCCACACAUGCAGUCUUCAGCUGCUCAGAUGAUUGAAAAUGAAGUGGAUUCUGGCUUUCAGAACAAGUAUAGGAGGUCAUCCUCUUCUAGUGAUGAAGAGCAAGUCAACUUCUCAUUAGAACUUUGGAAGAAGGCUUUCAAGGAUGCUAGUGAGAGGCUUUGUCCUCUCCGAGCUGGAGGUCAUGAAUGUGGCUGCUUGCCAGUGCUGGCCAAAUUGAUAAUGGAACAAUGUGUUGCAAGGUUGGAUGUAGCCAUGUUUAAUGCUAUUCUUCGAGAAUCUGCUGAUGACAUUCCAACUGAUCCUGUUUCUGAUCCUAUUACCUUUCCGAAGGUUCUCCCAGUUCCAGCUGGAAGAUCAAGCUUUGGUUCUGGUGCACAGCUUAAAAACGCAAUUGGAAACUGGUCUAGAUGGUUAUCUGACCUAUUUGGCAUGGAUGAUGAUGAUGCACCAGAAGAUGAAAGGGAGGAUAGGGAAGAUGAUGACGGCGAGGGUUUUCAAUAUGAUUCAUCCUUCAAAUCGUUCUAUCUGCUUAAAUCAUUGAGUGACCUUAUGAUGCUUCCGAAAGACAUGCUACUGAGUGAGUCAAUCAGAAGAGAGGUAUGCCCUUCAUUUGGUGCCCAAGUUAUUAAAAGGGUUCUUGAAAAUUUUGUUUCUGACGAAUUUUGCUCAGACAAAAUCCCAGCUGCCGUCCUUGAAGCAUUGGAUGCUGAGAGCGUCCAUGAUGAAGAUGAAGGAUUUAUCAUGAAUUGUCCUUGCACAGCACCUGCAGUAUCCUAUUCUCCUCCGACACCAUUUUCACUAACCAGUGCACUUGGGGUAAAUUUAGGAAGACAAAGCCCAUCCCAGUUACGAAGAAGUGGAUCAGUGCUUAGAAGGUCAAACACAAGUGAUGAUGAAUUAGAUGAACUGGAUUCACCAUUACAAGCUCUUCUGAGUGAGGGUGUCCAGUCAUUUCCUGCUCAAGUAAAAGAAAAUCAUAAAAUGUUGCAAAAUCACCAAAACAAUGUCAUCAGAUACCAACUUCUUCGCAAAGUUUGGGAUGAAGUAGAAUCGUGAAUAUUAUUGCGUAUAGCUGUACAGAUGUAUGAACUGUGUAGCAAGAUCCUUUUCCACUCAUCAGUUUGUAGGUAAAUCCCUGUUUUGACCACUGGAAGAUCAGAACACGAAGCACUGUAUAAAUCAAGGGGUGUAGUAUGGAAUUUCAAUCUUGCUCAUCUUAGGCAUAUUAUGGAAACAGAACUGUUAUGGUUGACAUCAUUAUUCAUUAAGUUUAUCAUGUUACCACAA